GGCCAGACUGUCCUGCAUCAGAUAGCUGUGCACAGGUUGAAGAGUCACACACAUACACCCGGACGGACCCUCUGUCGGUGGGUUUCCCGUCCUGGGAGUCCAGGGAGAGGAGCUUCAGAGAAAGAUAUUCAGCUGUUAUCCGGCCUUUGAUUCAUCCCUGAUCUGACAGGAAGGCCAGCGUGGAACUCUCCAAAAUGAUUUUCAGACUCCCAAGACUGACUCCAGGCUACAUCCGGCUGCUGCAGACCCAGGCCUACCAUAAUGUGUCUGUGACGCCGCCAGCUGAGAAGACCAUGCCUGGUAUGGCGGUGCUGCUGGGGGCUGUGGGGAUCGGCAUGUGCGGCUACAGCUCCAGGCAGUUGGCCCUCUACCAUCGGCCCUCUGCCCGUGUGCUGCAGUGGGUUGGCACACACACUGAUGCCAGCAUGGCGGGCACUGCGGCCCACAGGACCCCCCUCCUGGAUGUAACUCGUCGGGCCAAUGCCUGCCAGGAGAUCCCACCUCCCUCCUUUGUCGGCGAGAAAGUUCCCUUAAAGUAACCUGUGAAUUAUGUUGGCUGGCCCACAUAAUUGGUUGAGUUCCAGUAACUACACUUUUGCACAUCUACGAUUGUAGCUAUGCUGGCCCAUUGCACCAAUGUGGCCCAUGUGCUCUCUAAAGAUGUGCUAGUGUGGAGUUCUGGCUGAACCUGUAUGUUGGCAGGAAGUUGAGAGUGAUAUCUUAUAGUAAUAUAGUGCAACACAUACAAAAAUUGUUUAAAUUACACUGGAUUGCAUCAAUUAGUCACUAAUAUUAGAGUCUUAAAUGUGCUGAGAGGACACUAGGCAAUGUGAAUGAUUGGAUGAGUACUUAAUGAUGCUGGAACUUCCCAAAGACUGUUGCUGAAUGUAGCUUGAAUGAGCUAACAUCUUUAAUUUGGAGACAUUGUCUGUCUUUUUGAGGCCUGCCGUAAUAAGGGACUGACGCUUGGCAGUGCCCCUCUGCACACAGAUGGUUGGCAACCCUCUCUCUGUGCCCCCCUCACACACACUCCCUCCCACCCCAACCUUCCCCAGGCAGACAGCCAUGUGUAAGUGCUUGAGCAUCCCAUCCCUGUCCAUGACUUCAAUUGAUUUCCUCUGAGGAGGAGCAGGUGCCAUCCAUCAAGAAGCCUGGGCAUUUUGCUGGCGCGGUCUGGCAUCGGCUGUCAAUCAGGAGACAGCCGUGGAAGGCACAGGUUGUGGCUGAAUCAGUGACUUUGUGUUUUCAGAAAAGUUACAUUCUCCAAGAGUUCAGUCAGGGUGGUGGAAAAAUAGCUGGGAGAGUGGCUGAACAGUUUUGUGAACAGAAUACAUAUCUUAAAGUUUGUGUAACAUUUGAUAUCAAGACCCGAGUCAUGUAAACAACACUUGCACUAAUACGCUUUGCUGGAUUAUGAAUCCUAAUUUACCUGGCUGAGACGUUGCAGAUGGCGGGUGGGCAAGGUAGAAUGGUGAUUCCUCCUGGAUAAACCAGUGUCCUCGGUGGGGAUUAACCCAGGUAGAAAAUCACUCCUGGCACACACACUCAUUAAUCUAAUCUGGUAUUAGACAGGCAAGGACCCAUGAGAGGCAGACUGUUCCUGUGCAUCCCAACUUUGUACCAUUCCCCCUGCGGUGUCCACCAUUUGUCCUACUGUCAUACGUGGAUUUAUAGAUUAUGGGAUUGGGAAAGGGUGUUUCCAUUUGGCAGUUAAAAGGGAUUUAAGCUUCGGCGAGACACUGAGCGUGGUUGAGAAUGUGUGCAGUGCCUUAUAGAUCGCACAGGGUCACACUGUCUUUAAAUUUACUGCCUCUAAUGCUGAGUAUGGACAUGUAGAAAUCUAUCGAAUCUGAUAUGAUGGUGUUUCAAGUCGUAAAAGGGAGAGUUUUAUUUCUCCAUAAACAAGAAGACAGGAGGAGGAGGUUUUACUAGUAUUCUGGAAAGUUGUGAAAAAUGAGGAUGUGUGUGUUUCAUCACUUAGAGGUCAGCCAGACCUUGUAAUCCAUUUUUUCAGAGCUGAAGAGCCAUCCUUGUGUGUCUGCCAAAUUGGACCAGCGGCUAGUUGUGGCAGCCUGGGAGGUUUUAGAGCCCCAGUAGUGACAAUCGAGAACGCUAGUGCAGUAGGUCACCAACAAAAUUGUCAUAAUCCACUCAGCAGAGGGAGCUAAUGGCUCCAACUGGCAAUAGACACUGAACAAUUGGUCACCUUAUUCUGGACAGUGACUGACACCCAUAAACAAUUUCGCAAUGGGAUUGUGAUGGUAUCAAAACAACACGAUACUCAUACUGGGUGUUCAUACACCUGAGUGAAAAGUAGAGGGUAUAUUGGGACUUUUAAAACUUUCCUUCCGGCAACAACAGAUUCGGGUACAUGUAUGAUUCGCCCUGGUCUUCACCUGCUCUAAAAUCCAAGUCUGAAAGUAUUUGACAUGCUGGCACUCAGUGCACUUUAUAAUCAUGUUCAAGCAAUGCACUCCCAUGAGUGUGAAAUCAAUGUGGGUAGGGGUUGGAGGUUGUGUGAUGCACCUGGCUGGUUUUGAUGGAUUCUCUCUACACUGCAGUGGUGCACAGUGAGCACAGAGCACUGUGCAAACCUAUUGAUCUCAGUCAGAGAGCGAGGGAGAGCUUGUCUCCAUACUGCAGCAAACUUCCUGUUUCACUCAGCAUUGUACAGUUUAUGAGGGAGAACUGCUAAGACAGUGCACCGACAAAAGGAAUAUCUGAAAACAUGUUUUCUUUUGGAAUAAAACACAGUAUUCCUCUGUCUGCUGUGAGUUUCAUGCAUCAGUGCUCAUCCAUUACAAUCCAUAAAGGACUACAAACUGGAGUCCAGCUGUGUCCAUUAGAAGAGAGAUUUGCUGUGUUAGCAAAAUAAUUGUUAUUUGAUGACAAGAUGUUAGAGGACUCUUAUGAAAUAAAAGCAUUUGGCAAACA